CGGGCUCAGAAUCGUCUCGUCACGUUUGUCUCACUCUCGCUCGCUCACUUCCAGACUUCCAGUCUAUCUCUUCACGGAGCAAACGGCAUGGCGACCUCUCUUGGCCUUGGGCUCUUCUCUACAUCUCUCUCCAGCAAGACGGCGUCUCUGACUGCCAAAUCCUCGUGGUCAUCCUCCUCUCCAAUCCUCCAUCCUCACCAGGUUCCUGCUAACCUGCGCAUGGUGCGCACGGUGACCUCCGCCACCGUUUCCAACGAAGCGCCCGGAAAGCGUGCACCCAGAGGCAUCAUGAAGCCACGACGUGUCUCGCCCGAGAUGCAAGACCUCGUUGGGGUCCCCGAGAUUUCUCGCACCCAGGCUCUCAAGCGGAUUUGGGCCCAUAUUAAGGAACACAAUCUUCAGGAUCCCGAAAACAAGAGGAUCAUAAUUUGCGAUGAGAAGCUGAAGAAGAUAUUUGGAGGGAAAGAGCGGAUUGGGUUUCUCGAGAUUGCAGGGUUGAUUAGUCCUCACUUUCUCAAGUGAAACCAAGCAUUCAAGAGGAACAAAGUUGGUCUUUAGUGAAAGUGUUAUGAUAUGAAGCUUAUCGUUUGCGCUUGAUGGAUGUGUUUAGGUCGAUGAUACGCCACUCUUUGCAACUUCGGUAGUGUUUUCAGUCUUGAGAGUAUUUCAGGAGCUUUUAGUUCCAAGCUCUAGAUACGUAGGCUUGUACUGCAAUGUGGACUGUGAGGCAAGUUUUCGUUUUGUUCCACAUCUUUAAUCUUUGGUGGAAUUAUAUAUAAAUGAAAUGGAUUUUGGUAAA